AUGCUUACUCUCGAUGAGCUUGCUGCGAUCAAAAAGAAGCUCGAUCAAUGGAGGACUCUAUUGCCUGAGAUAUUCCAGCCAGAGAAAGUUGCGCUACCAUCUCACCUGAUGUUACAGUACGUGGCUUCGCCUUUCAUAGCACAAUUGAUUGUGAAGGCGGAAAGUGUGGAAAAAUCCAAGGCGGCGGCCCUGUGGCCAGAAAGUGGCCCCCAAUCAUUUCUCCAUGAAGCCCGCGUCAUGCUUGAGACAGCCUGUUGCAUAUACUAUGCACGGCACGGUCACCACUACCAUAAUGGUACACUCCUGGCAGUUCAGCUGCAGAGCGCAAUGAGUCCUCAGGACCUGCAGUUGGUUUGCACACAUGUGAAAGCAGCGGGCAUGAGCAAAUCGGAACAGUUGCUGGUGGCGGAGCAUUCUCAAAGCCAUUGGCCCCUAUCAGGCAAAGUGGCGGAUGAUGAAGAUCCAGAAAAAGUGAAAUUGAAAACGUUACUGGAGGGUCUUGAGGAAAAUCAGCUUUAG